GGUGGAGAGAAGAUGCACACGUGUGAUCAAUGCGGGAAGAGUUUCACACGAAAAGGUAGCAUUAAAGAACACAUGAAAAUCCACACUGGAGAGAAAUCGUACUCAUGUGAUCAGUGCGGGAAGAGUUUCACACGAAAAGACCACCUUAAGAGUCACAUGAAAAUCCACACUGGAGAGAAACCGUACUCAUGUGAUCAAUGUGGGACCAGUUUUACACAUGAAGCAAACCUUAAGAAACACAUGACAAUCCACACUGGAGAAAAACCGCACACGUGUGAUCAGUGCGGGAUGAGUUUUGCACAAAAAGGAAACCUUAAGAAACACAUGACAAUCCACACUGGAGAGAAACCGCACACAUGUGAUCAGUGCGGGAACAGUUUUGCACGAAAAGAACACCUUACGGUACACAAGAGGAUCCACACUGGAGAGAAGCCACACGCGUGUGAUCAAUGCGGACAGAGUUUUGCACAAAAAGGAGCCCUUAAUGUUCACAUGAGGAUCCACACCGGAGCGAAGCCGUACCCAUGUGAUCAGUGCGGGAAGAGUUUUACAGAUGCGAGCACGCUUAAAAUACAUCUGCGUUCGCAUUCUGGAAAAAGACCAUUUUACUGUGACCAGUGCGGGAAAACAUUUACAUCAGCUUCAGGCCUAAGGGUCCACCUGAACAUUCACACAAAAGAAAAGCCUCACAUGUGUUCUUUGUGUGGAAAGAGUUUUAGUGUGCGGAGUGGCUUAAAAGAAAACCAGAAAAGACACAGUGGUGUGAAGGAUCACAUGUGCUUUGAUUGUGGGAAGACCUUUUUUACUGCCGGUGACCUGAGAAAGCACCAGACAGUUCACACUGGAGGAAAGCCUUACAAGUGUUCACACUGUGACCAGAGAUUUGAUUGGCCAGGAUAUCUGAAAAUACACGAGAAGCUCCACACGGGAGAAAAGCCGCACACGUGUGAUCAGUGCGGGAAGAGUUUUGCACAAAAAUCAAACCUUAAGAUUCACAUGAAAACACACACUGGAGAGAAGCCGUACUCCUGUGAUCAAUGUGGGACCAGUUUUACAUUCAAC